AUGAAUUCAAAAAAGUCAUCCAAACCGUUUGGAUUUGGGUUUUCACAUUCUGGAUCUGCAAAUAAAUCCAAAUCGAUUCUUGAAUCCGACGACCAACAGCGACAAAAACCACCUUCUCUUGAUUACUUUUCCGACGAAGAUAUACAACCUAAAAAGAGAAAAUUGAUUAAACUUGACGAUCCUUUAGAAGAACAGUUAACUUCUUCGAGUAAUAAAUUGGAUGAUUAUGAUUUGAACAAGGAUUAUGUUGGAAAUCUGGAGGACGAUAUUCCACCACCUCCUCGAACUUCAACAGGAAUUCAAGGUUUCGUGCCCCAGGGAUAUAAUGUUGAUAAAGAGGUUCAAAGCAGUCGAAAUAUUAAGUCUGAGGUUCAAGUAAAUGCGAUGGAGGAAAAUGAUCCAUUAGACGCUUUCAUGUUGGAUAUCGAUAAUCAAGUUCAGAAAGAAAGUCUCAUUAAAUCUCAACAAGAAAAAUUUAGGCGCGAUGACAUUGAAGAUGAAGAUUUUGUAGAGAGUUAUGUUAAUCAUAUGAAAAAGAAAGGCAUUGAGGUUGGAAAAAGCCAACGUCCAAUCGAAAAAGAUGAGAAUGCUAAUUCAGACGAAGAGGUCUAUGCUACUGCCCGAGCUAUUGACGCGCAACUCGAAUAUGAUUCUGACGACAAUCCAGUUAUAGAACAAAAGCGUAAAGAUGUAGAGCCACUCCCAGCUGUUGAUCAUUCUCAAAUUGAUUAUCCUGAAAUUGGAAAAUUUUUUUAUGAAGAACAUUCCGAUAUUGCCAAUUUGCCUAAAGAACGUGUCGAACUAAUUCGAAAAGAACUUGAUAUGCAUGUUUCGGGUGCUGAUGUUUCAAAACCUUGCAUUUCAUUUGCUCAUUUUGGAUUUGAUGAUGCGUUAUUAGAUGUUAUUAUUAAACUUGGAUAUUCGGACCCUACUGGGAUUCAAAAACAGGCGGUCCCCGUCGCUUUAUCAGGUCGAGAUAUUAUAGGCAUUGCGAAAACAGGUUCCGGUAAAACUGCAGCUUUUAUAUGGCCGAUGUUAAUACAUAUAAUGGAUCAGGAGGAACUGUCUAAAGGUGAAGGCCCUAUCGGAUUGAUAUUAGCACCUACAAGAGAGCUUGCCAGUCAGAUAUAUAUUGAAGCUAAAAAAUUUGCAAAGGCUUAUGGUCUGAGAGUUGCAGCAGUUUAUGGAGGUGCUUCGAAAAUGGAUCAAUUUAAAGAACUGAAACCUGGUGGAAUUGAAAUUUUAGGUAGACUUAUCGAUAUGGUGAAAAUGAAAGCGACAAAUUUUCGACGCGUUAGUUUCUUAGUCCUUGAUGAAGCCGACCAGCCUCAAGUGCGAUCUAUUUGCGACAAUAUUAGACCAGAUAGGCAAACAUUGUUAUUUAGUGCCACAUUUCCUAAAAAAGUAGAGACCUUAGCUCGAGAAGUGACAACAGAACCCGUGAGAAUUUCAAUUGGAUACGUUGGACAAGCAAAUACUGAUAUAACUCAAAUUAUCGAAGUUUUAACUGAUGAUGGAUAUAAAUGGGAUUGGUUAAUUACACGUUUAGCUUCGUUUUGUGUUGAGGGGAGCGUACUCAUUUUUGUUAGUAGGAAAGGUGGUGUCGAUGAAUUAACCUUAAAUUUGCAACAAUCAGGAUUCGAUUGUGGCGCAUUGCAUGGUGAUAUGAUGCAAGCUGACCGUGACAAAGUGUUGAGAGACUUCAAAAAUAACAAAUUUCCUAUCAUGGUAGCUACCGACGUAGCUGCAAGGGGUCUUGACAUAAAGGCCGUUAAGACUGUAGUAAAUUACGACAUCGCAAGGGAUAUUGAUUCGCAUGUACAUCGUAUUGGUAGAACCGGUAGAGCUGGUGAGAAGGGUACAGCAUAUACACUCAUUACCAAGAAGGAAGAUAAAUUUGCAGGAGAUUUAGUAAGAAAUUUAGAAUCUUCUGGUCAAAUUGUUCCAAGCUUGUUAAUGGAUCUGGCGAUGCAGAACGCAAGGUUCAGAAAGUCGAGACAAUUGAUUCGAGGAGGACGUCGUGGAUCUGCAGGAUCAAGUUCGAACGCCAUUCCACUAGGAAGUGGAAGAGCCGGAAUUGGAUCAGUAGGUUCACAGAUACCUCCACCACCACAACUUAACACCAGUAGUAAUAGAUCAGGUCGUAAUAACGCAGGUGGUUACCAAUCGAAAUUUCAUGUGAAUUUUCAAAAAGCUUCUUCAUCUGAAUCCGAGUUAGGGUUAUUACGUUCUAGUAACACAAGUUCCUCAUCAACAACUUCACCUAGCGGACAUCAACGUAAAAAACGUUGGGAUUCAUAA